AUGUCGUACGAUCCUCAACAGCGUUUUUCUCAUGACUCAAGAGGACGGCCGUCCUCCGGCUUCACUGCCGCUGACAGGAAGCUACGCUCGCAAUCUCAGAAGUUGUCCCAUUCUCCGCAGACGAGCCUCAUCUCUAACACACCCAGCAACCCUGCAUUACAUAGUCCACGGCAACAGAGCGUCGUUGUAACGGAGCAAACGAGUCUCCUGCACUCCAGGACAUCCAUUGUGUCCUCGUCUGCGCAGGACGCGUCCGUGCGAAAACAUGGCAGCGGUGCUACAGGUGGCACUGCAGCGGAGCCCAGUGCUUUGGUUUUGAGGACGCACCGCGUUAAAGGGGUGUCCGCAAGAAAGACGGACGGUAGCCUCACGCCCAGCGCAAAGUCUCAGUACAGCUUCGGCUGCGACUCUCCGAGGGCUUCUCCCCGUGAUGUGGACGUGCCCACCAUUCUCUCAUCGCACAGAACACCAACAGCAAGCAUCAAGGGCCACGAGCUGUCGAGUGUCGUCAGCACCGACUCGCCGUCUGUGGCGCGGAGAGGCAAUCAACAAGCCGAUGUUAUUGGGCGCACGGAUAGUGGAUCGACUAAGGGAGCACUGAUAGGGGCCUCGACGACUGGUUCUCGUGACGCACCGUCAGUUAUGGCGAACGAGUGGCCCAGUGUGCUCAACACGUCUGUUCAUCGGUCUCUGCGUAGGUCCAUGCUAGGGGCUGAGAAGGGCUCUACCAGACUCGGCUCCGCAGCUGCAGUAGCGUUAUCCAGUAGCCAAGCCGGCAGUGCUGGAAUCGAAAAUAUUGCCACUACACGGGGCAGCGACGGAGGCGGUGGUAGCUCCCUUCGCACAUACCCAUCGAACACUGCAACAAAGAACACGGCGAUGCCACCUUCAGCUGCGCAUCUUAGCAACGCUCCUAACGGCAAAUACUCCUCUAGCACUUCCGCCGAACUGCCGGUUUCCUCUCCAGGCCUCUCACAGCAGCCGAGCGCCACCUCCAGGACCACAGUGGUGGGCAGCUCUACUGACUCACCCAAUAUGAUCGCCUCGCCUCGACCAUCUCCUCAUUCCCAGACCACACGUACAGGAUUUGCCGCCGAUGCACCCCCCGCUGUAAGUGCGGCACAGGGCGCGCAAGGGGUGAGUGGUAGAGAUACAGCAAAAUCGCUGUUGGUGACGCCGUCGUCGAGUCUUUCCAAUACGUUAGCACAACCACAUCAACUCCUCCCUCUUUCGGACCCCUCCCCUUCCCCGGGGUCACAGACGGCAACGACGACCAGGGCCACGAAGAAUAAGGCGGAGAAUGCCGAGACUUCAUCUGACGCCGCCUCUUCUUCUUGCGCAUCGCGCCCCAAGCCACGCCCGCUGUCACUGCAACAGUUGAAGCCUUCAGUGAUGACUGAUGCAUCGUCGUCGUCGGCGCUAAAGAGUUGCGAUGGGCCUGCCAGUACGGAGGAAGUGCUGUCUCUCUCCGUCAACCAACGGCACUCCGCGCCGAUUCCGCUGCGCAAUUUUGGUGCAACGUGCUAUCUGAACUCAAUCGUGCAGUGCCUGCUGUGUACGCCUGGCCUCCUGCGCGCGUUGAUCAAUGACCGUGAACGCAUCGUGCACGAGUGGGAGGUGGAGCAUCUCUCCCCGACGAAGCGAGCAUCGAGCAAGGCCCAUCGGCGCAGCUGUGCUGAGCGAAACGUCCCGGCGACCUCUUCGCUAGUUGAUUUGUACACCGCCCACCCUGCGCCCCCCAUCCCGGCAUCGAAGCUGCUUCUCAACCUGAAGGAAUCUUGUGCGAGUUCCAACGAUGAGUUUUCGUCUAAUGGACAGAAGGAUGCGCAUGAGUUCCUCCUUACAUUGUUGGGGGUGAUCCACAAGGAGGUGUGCCACAGCAAGCCCGACGUCUGCGAAGUAUUCAGGGAGGUGGAGGAUGAGACGAAGUGGGAGGCCUAUGCGCGAUUGGUGCGCCGACUGCAGCAGGAGAACAACUCCACCAUAUACAGGUUUUUCGGCGGCAUCACCGGCUGCACCAUACAAUGUGCCAAGUGCCAUCUCGUCUCUUACCGCUUUGAGGCGCAGCUGGUCAUCUCCUUGCCCUUGACUUACCGUCUUCCUACCCUAGGCAGCAAAAUAAUUAUGAAGUGCACCAGUGGGAGGCGCGACGGCAAAACACAGGCGGAAGGCUCCAUUGCAGUUGACGAGAUGCUGCGAGAGAUGUUUUUUAGCGAGCGUGGCGAGCUCCUGAAUGGCCCGAUGCAGGUGACAUGCGACCGCUGCAAGAAGUUACGUGACAAAACAAUCUGGUAUUCAAUGGAGCAGUGGCCGCCAAUCCUGGUGCUACAUCUGAAGCGCUUCAACAACGCUGGUGUCAAGAAUGAAUCGGCGGUGGUGUUCCCCUACACGUUUUGCUCCAUUGAAAACCUCGAGUAUCAGUUGUACAGCGUCUGUUGUCACCGUGGCAGUGCUUCCUUCGGGCAUUACACCUCGUACGCGUACGUGCAGGAGGAGGACGAGGCUGCCGAAACGGACAAGAACGCCGCCACUGCUGCCACGGUAGUCUCAGAUUUGUUUCAAUUCCCGCUGGCAAGCAUGAACAGCGAGCGAUUGUUUAGCCCUCGAGAACGUCAGCCCACGGGAUGUGUUGGCGGAUUUGUCACCUCUGACAGCAUCAGCAAAGAAAACGGCACCGAUAGCAAAGGGGCUAGUGAGACCCACAGACGCAAUGGCAACAGAAAGGUCAAUGGAAAAGAUGAGCCCCUUCCGGAAGAGACGGAGUCGAAGACAGGCAAGUGGUAUCUGUGCAAUGACAACCACAUCACUGAGGUGACGGCUCCGGACGUGCUGUCGAUGACGAAAGAGGCAUACAUUCUGUUCUAUCGGCGUGUUGAUGGCAGGCAUGCGACGGUAUCUUGA